AUGGAUAAAUUUUUACACACCGCACGUAAGACCCCUUCUCCAGCCAUGGCAGCCAGACAGAGGGAUAGGAAAUUGAAGAACACGCAAGAAAUCGUUACUGACAUACAACCAAUAUUGGCAAAUGCAUCAGUGCUACAAGAAGCAACAAGGUGGUUACAUCUUCUUCUGUGGGUAUUUGUGAUUCCACUGAUUGUGUCAGCACUUCGCAGCCCCCGGAGACCAAGAGACGAGGAUGCUGUGGCAAAGUUACCAAAAGAUUGCAGUGAGAUUCCCCUCUACAAGGAAAGCGGAGUGUAUGUUAUUCAACCCAAGGGAUUGCAUCCAUUGGUUGUAUACUGUGAUAUGAAAACCAAGAGCGGAGGAUGGAUUGUCAUUCAGCGCAACAGUUUUAACUCAGAGAUUACCUGGGAUGAGUCCUGGAGCACUUACAAGUAUGGCUUUGGCAAUGUGCAGAGUGAUUACUGGUUGGGGGCAGAGUAUCUUCAUUAUAUCACCAAGCAAAAGGUGUAUCAAGUACGUUUUAUCAUCAAUGACACUAACAAUAUAGAGAAGUAUGCUGACUACAACUUUUUCAGUGUGGAGGAUGAAGCCCAUGGCUACACAUUGCGACUGGGCAGUUACACGGGCACAGCAGGGGAUGCCAUGUCUUCUAUGACUACUGGAACCACACAUGACAAUAUGAAAUUCACAGCCAAGGACAAAGACCAGGACAUACAUAGUGCCAACUGUGCUGCAAGUAAUGGGGGAGCAUGGUGGUACGCUGCCUGUUAUGCCUCCAGACUUAACAUUAAAAAUGGCAUCUACUGGUCUGGACUGUGCAAUGGAAACUGUAAAGCAUCGUCCAUGCUUAUCCGGCCUGCAGACUAUUGUGUUUAA